AUGCGUGCUGCCGCGGCCACGCCCCUAUUGGGCCCGCGUGGUGGGGGGUCCACGUGGCGCGGCCGCAGUCGCGUCCGCGUCGCGAGUGUCACGUGUGGUGGGCGCAGCGAGCAGCGGCAGCGGCCCGGCCGGCUCAUGGCGCUACACAGCCGCGACCUCCAACACCACCACCACCACCACGACCACCACCACCACCAACGCCACGACCACCACCCUCGGCAGCAGCAGCUGGAGCUGGAAUUCUGCGGGGACACGUCCUCCAGGUCGGAGGAGCUGGCCAGCGCCGCGGCAGAGGACGACGAGGAGGAGGAGGCCGCCGCGGGACACGUGCUGGCGCCUGCCGCCGCCGCCCCCGCAGCCUCCGCGUCCGCCCCCGCGGCGGCCCACCCCCGCCGCUGCCUGCUGUGGGCCUGCAAGGCUUGCAAGCGGCGCGCCGCCUCGGUCGACCGCCGCAAGGCCGCCACGCUGCGGGAGCGCCGGCGCCUGCGCAAGGUGAACGAGGCGUUCGAGCUGCUGAAGAGGCGGACGUGCGGCAACGCGGGGCAGCGCCUGCCCAAGGUGGAGAUCCUGCGCAACGCCAUCGAGUACAUCGAGUCCCUGGAGCAGCUGCUCAGCCUGGGCGGCUGCCCGCUGCCGCCGUCGCAGCGCACGAGGCCUCCCUCCCCAUCGUCUUCUGCGCACGCGCAGCUGGCGGCACGCUUCAGCCAGGCCCUGCACCGGUUCAGCCCGGACAACUGCGCAGCGGACUCUGUGCACGCGCACGGUGUGGAGGAUGCAGCCGCCUCGAGUCUGGAUCGCCUCAGUCUCAUAGUGCAGAGCAUCACUCCAGAGCAGUCCAGGCCAUAGCCCAAAGACGUGGCCACCUCCAGCCUGGAGAACAUCAACCUGAUAAUGUAGAACAUCACUCCAGAGCAGCCCAGGCCAUAGGUCAAAGAUGCAAUCAUCUCCUGUCUGGACCAUCUCAGCCUCAUA